UGUUUUCUAACAACUGAAAUGAAUAAUACGACGGCAUUAUAUUAGAAAGAUGUCGGUACAGGCAGUUGAUAAAGCCAAGCUCCCAGCGUUGAUCAUUUUUGACAAGGAUGGAACAUUGAUUGACUUCAAUUCAACUUGGAUGCCGUGGAUCUCUGCAUUGGGUCGACGUCUUGAGUCCGACUGUAAUUUUGAUGUGUCAAGCCGGCUUUACGACAUUAUGGGCUAUUGUCGUAAAACUGAAACAUUAAGUGAUUCAAGUUUACUGGCAUACGCAAGCAUGGAUAUUAUAAAAGAAAAGAUAAAAAGCAUGUUACUAGAAAAUGGAGUUAGGAAUGAAACUGUUGACAGUUUAUUGCGCAAUUGCUGGAGAGAGUGUCAUGUGAACAACACGUGCAGGCCGUUGCCAACAACAAAUCUUCCAAACUUGUUCGGAAAUCUUCGAAAGGUCGGGGUAAAGGUCGCUGUAUGUACGUCAGAUAGCCGAGCAAGUACAGAGUCUGCUCUUCAAAAACUUGGCGUUGGAGAGUUGGUUGAUGUUAUAGCUUGUUCUGAUGAUGAAAAUAUGCAACCAAAGCCAUCUCCAUGUGGGGUUUUAAAAAUUUGUACUGACCUUGGUGUUGACCCUGGCCAUACGAUAGUUGUUGGAGAUACAACUACGGAUAUGUUGAUGGCAAAAUCAGCCUCUGUUGGUAUUAUUGUUGGGGUUCUAACGGGCAUUGGAACUAAAAAUGAACUCUCCUUUUAUGCAGACGCUAUUCUUGACAAUGUUGAACAAAUAUGGACUUUAUUCAUGUCAUAAAUAGAUUAAUGUAAUAAUUAUGUUAUUUUAGCUAUUUUUUUUUAAAUAGCUUCAAUGACUUUUAUUGGUUAUUUCCUGUGUUUUUCACUAUAAUAAAAGCAAGAUGAUGUUCAUACUGGGCUUGUACCAAUGUCAUGGUCACAAUCUAAUAAAUAUUUUAUCUAUCAUGGAUUGUUUAAUCAAUUCACCUCAUUUAAUCACACUACGCAUCUAUAUUUGGUCAGCAGAUUUUUUAGUAUAAAAAGAUACAUAAAAAUAAACUUGUUGAAGACCUCUGUAAUGCUUUUUUCAAUUCAGUGAUUUGGAGCAAUUAUUUAACAGAACGUAAGGGGCGAAAUUAAUGAUUGGUUGAUGCUAUAUACCUC